AGGACCAUCGAUGCAAUCGAUGCCGACGCAAUCUGAGUCCCUGGCACGACGUCAAGCACAGGCUGAUGAGAUGGAUCGGAGCGUGGACACCACCAUGGCCUUUCCCAGCUUGCUGAGUCGCCUGGCUGCGACAGCCUCGACCGCUAGGGAUGCUGCGACAGCCAGGGACUCCCCCACCGGCUCAAAGGAUACGUUGCCAUCGCAGGGACCUACGGAAGAGGACUGCAGCCUACCUCCACCAGUGGAUGUGACGUCCAGCGGGCAAAGUUCGUACUGGCAGAAGCGCGGCAGCCGCUUAUCUCGCGGGCCGGCAGCAGAUUUGGCGCACCAUGAGUACGCCAAAAGCUUUCGCAGCUCCGGUGCGAGCCACGAAAAGAUGAAGAAAUUGACCCGUUUGCAGCAGUGUCUUAGGAGCAAUGUGGUGGAAAUGACCCUGGCGCUGGCAAUUCUCAGCAGUUCCCUUCUUGUUGGCUUCGAGGUUCAACUACUGUCCUCAAAGCUUGAUGCGUUUCUGCCAACGCCUUGGGUCAUACUCCGCAUUUGUUUGAACAUGGUCUUUGUCCUAGAGCUGCCACUGCGCAUGUAUGCCUUUGGAUGCAUCUGUUGUGGGAGAGGUGGUUCGGCUUGGUUUUGGUUCGAUGUCUUUGUGGUUUGCGGCUCUGCGGCGGAAGUCUUCUUCGAUAUCCUCAGCUUCUUCGGUACUGCGCUGACAACGCUGCCCGACUUUUCGCAAGUGCGACUCUUGAAGAUACUGCGCGUCACCCGCCUUCUUCGAGCCUUGCGUGUUCCUUCCUUGAUGAAGUACGUGGCCCCAUUGCAGACCUUGGUGUCAUCCAUCUCUCACACCGUGUGGUACUUGGUGUGGGCCGCAGUGUUGCUACUUCUCUUGAUCUACACUGUGUCCAUCGCCUUUGCGCAAACCGUGGCAUCUUUCAUCAUCCUUGAGGGCCUUGAGCAGGUCGAGGAACAGACCCCUGCGCUGCUCUUCUUCUGGCGUGACUUGUGGACCUCCAUGACCACUUGCUUCAUGGCCAUCUCGGGAGGCCUCAACUGGCAGACGGUCUACGAGCCGCUGAACCAGCUGGAUGCCAUGAUGGGCAAGAUCUUCAUUGUCUUUAUAUCUUUUGCCUACUUUGCGCUUCUCAACAUCUUGACGGGUGUUUUUUGCAACAGCGCCAUGGAAGCCUUGUCUCGUGAUCCGGACAUCGUGGCCAUCUCCCAUGAAGCGACCUACAUUCGCGAGCACCUGUCUCACGUCUUCACCAUCAUAGACAAGGAUUGCUCAGGCAGCAUGACCCUAGAUGAGCUCGAGGAAUGGAUGGAGGAAGAGAAUGGCAGGGUGGACUUUCAAGCGCUUGGGAUAGCCGAAGGAGACCCCUGGACGCUCUUCAAACUUUUAGAUGAAAAUGCGCAGGGAGUGGUGUCGCAGGAGGCUUUUGUCAAUGGGUGUCUGAAACUACGCGGACAUGCUUCAGGUGUCGACAUGGCGAGCCUUCGGAAUGAAAGUCGAGCCACACAAGAACUUCUGAGUAUGCUUGUCACCCGCAUGGAGUCCUUUUCGGAUGCUAAGAAGCGCAGGCCGUCUUAUGGAAGCCGCCUCGGCCUCGGCAGCCCCAGCCGCGCGCGGCGGCACACCAUCACCAGCCUCACUACCCGGCCCUGUCUGAGCGAAGGCGUGACGAUCUGAGGUCGGCUGGAGCAUCUUGGAUUAUGG